AUGAAUCCUUUUACAUUAACUUUUAUUGAUAAAAAUUUGGAGAAAAAGUACAAAGAGAAUUAUUCAAUUGAAUUAAUUGAAGCUUUCAGAUAUACAAUCUCUUUGUUACCAAUAUCAAACAUUAUCUUGAGUAUUUAUUGGAUCUAAAGGAACGAAAUACUCAUAGGUGUUUUAUUAGUAACAAUAAGUCUAACAUAGACAAUAAUAUUUUACUAUGUAAAAAUGAAAUAAUAGUUUAUAUCCUUAUUUGGAUAUUUGAUUUCAACUCUAAGUUUAUUAGCUUCAUUUUAUCAUUUCAUUCCUUUGUAUUACCCUGACUUUUAUGAUCAUUAAUAUAAUUGGAUUUUCGAUAUUUCUUAAUUUCUUGCUUUGAAUUUCACUCUAGCUCCAAAUUUUUUAUUUAAUUAAGUCUUAUAGCUGAUAUUUUUAUUUUCACGAUUACUUAUGCGGAAUUACAAUGACUUUCACAUUGAGACAUUAAUAAUAACUCUAUACUUAAUACUAUUUUGGUAAAAGGAAUAUUAUAGAUAAAAGCAUAACAGAUAAUUAUUUUUAUUAAAUGAGCAGUAAAAAUCCUCUUUUUCUAUUUGGGAUGAUUUAGUAGAUGAUAAAAUUGUAUUAUUAACAUAUAAUCAUUACUGGGAGAAAAUAGAACUCUAAUAUGCAAAUAAAUCCAUGAAUGAAUACAUAAAAAUUGAAAAUAAAGAUUUUCUAUUAGAUUUGAAAGUGAUAAAUUAAAAAAUAACAUUGAAUUAAUAUCUUUUGGAGAGGGUUAGAGAGUAACCAAAUGAAUUCUAGAUAAUGGUUUUAAACACAAUAAAUAGGGAUAAAUUAAUAGUGAAUUGUGUUAUAAAGAAAUUUGUAGAAAUAAAAAUAACAUUAAAAUUUUCUGAGUGCUAAUCUUGUGUUAGCUAUUAGUAGAAUAAUAAUAAUAGUUACUUUAGAGUAUUGUAAAGAAUAAAGAAAACCGAUAAAGCAUAAUAUUACAAAGAGAAUCUAAGAAAUUUACUUUACAAUUCGUAUUAUGUUAAAGAAAAGUUAUUAGAAUAGAUAGAAGAAUUGAAGUAUUACAAAUUGAGAUUAUUUUUGGAUAAAAUUUUAAAUAAGGAUAAGAUUCGUAUUAAUUUUGAAAUAAAAUAAUUUUUUACAGUUCUUCCAUUAUUUUUCACAUUAAUUACUUGUUUAUAAAAAGUUUACAAGAUAACAGAUAUUUCUUUGAUAGAAUUGAAUGAAUAUAAUAUAUAAUUAAUCCUAUAGGGGAAUGAUAUCGAUGUUCCUAAACAUAGAUUUGAGGUUUGUAAGAAGAUUGUUAAUAAUAUACUUUUGUAGAUUGGAUAUAAUAAUAAUUGCACAUAUCAAAAGAAUUAUUGUAGAUUGAUUUUAGUAAAUUAAUCAGAUUUAAUGGAAUGGAGUCCAAAAAGUAAUCAAUUAGUAACAUUUAGUAAUUUAAUAUGA